AUGUCUCUGAGCUGUAGAUAUGAAACAAGCAGCAGUAACAAUUACCUUAACUGGUACCAACAAUACCCUAACCAGGCACCUCAGUACCUACUGUAUAAAGGGAUGCCAUCAUCUUUUGACCAACUGGUGGAUCUGUCCAUCCGGUUGGAUAACCUGCUGGUCACCCGCGGAUGUCCAGAGGGGGCUCUGUCGGUUCCAUCUUCCAGCACCCCCGCUCUAGUGCCCAUGGAGCUGGGAGGGGCUGCGAAGUGGUAUUACUCUUCUCCCACUGAUCUCAGAGUAGCAGACAUGGAACCCUGGUUGAGGAAUGUACUGAUUCUUGCUGCAUUUUGUUAUGAAUGCAGAGGAGAAGACUCAGUCAUUCAGCCACCAGGAGAUGUGAUCGCUACUGAGGGAGAACAGGUCACACUGGAUUGUCAAUUUGAUACUCUAGAUACAAAUCCAUACCUGUUCUGGUACAAGCAGGGAGCUAAUGACUUCCCAAAGUAUAUGCUGAGGCGGGCGACUUUCGGAUCAGAUAAUGCCAUUGAAUUCCUGGGGAGAUUCGAUGCCCAUCUCAAUUUAACUACAUUAAAGUCAGCAUCAAAAUCAUUCCCCUUGACGAUCCAGAGGUUGCAGCUGUCUGACUCUGCUGUGUACUACUGUGCUCUGAGGCCCACUGAAUGGUAUGUGGAGACAGUGUGA